CACUAUUGAUUGAUUGUCAAGUGACUUUUCUCCUUUCUGCGGAGAGUAGUUUCUGCGUAUUAGUUAUUGUUUAUUUGUUUUAAUUUAUUAAACAUUUUCUAGAAAGUACUCUUUUUUAAUUGUUAUUAUUGUGUAAUCUUACACAAAUUGUGUUUUGUACUACUUGAAAGUAGAGGGAAAGUGUAAAACAGAUAGGAAAUAGAUUGUAACGGGGUCUCCCGUUAUCUAAACAAUUACCUCAAAAACUUAUUAUGCCUCAUGAUUUAAAGGAGUUGGGUGGAAGGAAACCAGUAGUAAUGGCUCCCUUGUCGCCGACCCCGUGCGCGGAGAUCAGUGACGACGAGCUGGUCUCCAUCUCCGUGCGCGACCUGAACCGACAGCUCAAGAUGAGAGGACUCACCCGCGACCAGAUAGUCCGAAUGAAGCAGCGCCGUAGAACGCUGAAGAACCGCGGGUACGCCGCGUCGUGCCGCAUCAAGCGCAUCGAGCAGAAGGACGAGCUCGAGACUGAGAAGAGCCAGGAGUGGCACGACAUGGAACUGAUGCAGGACGAGAACAACAGGAUCCGCGAGGAAGUGGAGGCGCUGCGGGGGAAGUAUGACGCCCUGAAACGUUUCGCCAUUAUGAAGAAUAUACCAUUACCACCGGAACUAGAAAUACAACCUUAGACUAAUUGAUAUAAGAUAGAUUUUACCUUGUUGUAGAAUAUAUUGCUUGGGGCAAUCAUGGUAAAGGAGUAUUAAUAUUAAUUAUAUGAAUGUAGGUAUAGGCGUAUAAGAUAGAGUUGACUAAAGACUUAUGUCUGACCUACUAAUAAUUAAGUAAAAUGAACAAUGAUUAUAUGAUUUAUGUAACUAGUAGCAUCCCAGUGAUUUUUGGAAUUUCCCAGUUGUCACUGUUCAGGUUUGCGUCACAGUUCAGACUGGACAACUGGUCGCAUUCUGUACUAGUUCUGUUAACAAGAAUUGAACUAUCUCAACAGGAUCAAACUUCUUGGAGAGAGUAAAGUAGCGACAUCUAUUGUAUAAUACCAAGUUCUAGUUACCGCCAACAGAUGGCGCGCUAAACAUAACGCAAGCAGAGAUUGCGCGCUGGAAGUUUACCUAAUGCUUUUUUUCAUUUUCCGAUUCAGUCACCAUAUCUAACGUUACCUGAUAUUAUAAUUAUAAUCUAUAUUGUAAAGAUAAUAAGUAACACAUCGGUUACCUGCCCAAUGCAGCCAGACAAUGUUGUUACACUACUUUAGUUGCAAGAGCUAAUUUUAAGAAAACAUUUAUUUAUACACCUAUGUAAGUAAUAAACAAUUAUUUUAAGUAA